CCAGCAGGGACAGAUGUUGUGACCUCCCAUCCAUGAGAGACGAGCUGAAGUGUCCGGCUCUGCCCAACGCCUGCACCUGCACCUCCGAGUCCUCCGGCCUCCCAGGACCUCAGGGACCAGUGGGCGCUCCCGGCAGCAAAGGUCCUCGAGGUGAAAGAGGGGAGGCUGGUCCAGCUGGACCCCUCGGACCCCGGGGAGAUAUAGGACCACCGGGGCCCAUGGGUCUGCCUGGCCCUCAAGGACCCAGCGGAUUGUCGAUUCCAGGAGAGGCCGGCCGUCCUGGACCAAAGGGAGACCCUGGAGACUCAGGUUUACCUGGACAGAAAGGUUCACCUGGGCCUCCUGGACCUGCAGGCCCCAUCGGACCAGCUGGAGUCAGGGGACCACAAGGAAAGGAAGGACCGGCCGGACCCAGAGGCCCCGCAGGGCCCAUGGGACCUCCAGGAUCUCCAGGAGUACCAGGUUCUACAGGACAAGCAGGAAAACCCGGAGACUCCGGUCCACCUGGUGCCAUCGGUCCCAAAGGAGACAAAGGAGAGAGAGGCGACUUUGCUCCUCAGAACAUGAUGCGGUCCAUUGCCAGGCAGAUCUGUGAGCAGAUCGUCACCGCUCAAAUGACCCGGGUCAACACGCUACUGAACCAGAUCCCCAACGGCAUGUACCGCAGCAACAGCCCGGGUCCUGCCGGUCCACCCGGACCCCCGGGCAGACAGGGACCCCGCGGAGAGCCCGGCCCCGCAGGAAGGAACGGGUUCCCAGGAAGUCCGGGUUUACCGGGUCAGCAGGGAGAGAGAGGUCUGACAGGAGAGAAAGGAGAUCGAGGACUUUCGGGAGUCGGACAGAAAGGACCACGAGGCCCGGCAGGACCUCCAGGUGAAAGCAGGACGGGCCCCCCAGGCCCCGCCGGCUCCGCCGGAGCCCGAGGCCCCCCUGGUCGCCCCGGUUACGCCGGCGUGCGUGGCCCCCCCGGCCCCCCCGGGUACUGCGACUCCUCCCAGUGCGUGGGGAUUCCGUACAACGGCCAGGGAUACGUAGGUUCACCAUAGUAGACUUUCUAAGCCGCCUGCGCUGCUUUCACUGACUUCCUGAACAAAAACCCAAACUGUCCUGUAACCGAAACACUCGCUCACUCGCUCUAGAGCCGUUUAAAGGAUAAACCGCCAAAGGAAAAGCAUUAACAAACAGCACAACAACAACAACAACAACAGCAGCAGCAGCAGAGGGAACCCGUUACUAACAUCGACUCACAUCCAGUAGAACAGACGGCGUCGGCGUCGGCGUGGGCGGCGCUGACGGCUCCGACCCGUUUAUAGUCGCCUGUUUGCAUCUGUUUGAAGCCAAAGACCAAACAAUGGAGGAGCAUGUUCCAAAACAACAACAACAACAACAACAAACAAAUACUAACAAAGGUGGAUCUGUGGCCCAGACGCCAACGCCGCCGCAGCACUUCCUGUCCAGGUGACACGUGUACAUACACUAACGGCGUCCCACGGUCGAUAACAUCUGAACGCUUGUGCCUUGCCGCUUUGCUGAAUGCAACAACCACAUGUUUGUUUGUUUGUUUUCAACCAGUCGGGGGCGUGUCACGUCUGCACAUGUGACACGCCCCCCCUCCCCCGGACGUUUACCUUCCACAGUUUACGACCCAAACAAAAAACAUGUCUGAUUGUUCUUAUUUUGUUUUUAUUUUCCCCCAAAGCGACUGUACUGUAUGUGUGUGACAGAACUAACACUGCAACGGCCCAGGGGGCGUGGCCACACCCAGGAGCUGACAGCUGAUUGGCUGGUUUUCAGAUUCACAUUUUAUUCCCGUUUUAUCACGACAUUUUUUGUUUUUGUUUUUUUUUUAGAAAAUUUUUUUGUCCUCUUGAAAUUUUUCUGGAAAAUAUCAUUAAUUUUUUCUCACAAUGUUUUGAGUUUUUCCUCCAAAUAUUGAUUUUUUUUCCCCACAAAUUUAAAGAUUUUUCAUAACUUUUUCCACAAAAUUUUAUGACUUGAUUCUCCAAACCCCCCCCAAACAAAACUUGAAAAGCUUCACUUAAAAACCUGUGUUCUAAUAAUCCUUGCAAUUAUGUAAAAAAAAAUAGACAUUUGUAGAUAAUAUGUUAUAAGUAUUCUGAGUUUAGUCUCAUAAUGACUUUUUUUCUCAGAUAAUUUUAAAAUAUUUCAUUUUUUUCUAAAAAUGUUACAUCUUUGUUGUGAUAUUAGAACUUGUACAUGAAUAAUCAGACUUUAUGUAACGACUGCCCUGUUGAAUUAUGGGAAUUAAAUUUGUCCACAAACUUAAAGAUUUUCUGCUCAUGACUUUUUUCUCAAAGUGUUUAAUUUUAUGACUUCAUUCUCAAAAUUUCAUUUUACCCCCAAAAAACUUGACUGAAAACCUGUAUUCUCUUAAUAAUCUUUGCAAUUAUAUAAAUUUUAAAAAAGUAAACAAAACUUACAUUUUUAUAGAAUAUUUUUAAGUAUUCUGAGUUUAUUCUCAUAAAAUAUUUUUUUUACCCUGAAGAAUUUUAAAUACUGUAAUUUUUUUAACCCGAAAUAUUAUAUCUUUAUUGUAAUAAUAUUAGAAUUUUAUAUAAAUAAUCAGACUUUAUGUAACAACUGCCCUGUUGAAUUAUGGGAACUGAAUUUAUCCACAAACUUAAAGAUUUUAUGCUCAUGACUUUUUUCUCAAAAUGUUUGGACAUUUUCUUAAAAUUUUAUGACUUUAUUCUCCAAACCCCCCCCCCCUCAAAAAAAAAAAAAAAACCUU